CCAUGUGAAUUAUAUUUAUAUGGUUCUGAUAUAAAUUAUCAUAUACGUGCCAAACAAAUUAUACAAUGUCAACUAUUAAGGCCAACCAGUAAAGAACAUUUCGUAUUAAUGAUUCGUGAUGAUGAUGAUGAUGAUGUCGAUCGGAUUCGUGCAUUUAUAAUGAAAGUUUCAUCAAACACCUGGCAAUCUCAUCAUAAUCAUCAUCAUAUAGCUUCACUAUUAUCAAUCAAAUGUACUCCGGAUCCAAUUUCCAAUGAUCAUUGUCUUGAAUUUCCUGAAAAUUGUGAACCAAUAUUACGCACCAUAUAUACACUAUAUCGUCGACAUUUAGCCAAUACUAAUAAAAAUAAUAACAAUAAUGGAAUUGAACUAAAUCCUAGAUCCAAAACAACAACAGAAACGAAGCCAUCAAAUGAAGACCAACAGGCGUCAUUGACAACAACAACAACAACAACAGCAACAUCGACGAUGAUGGCCAAUGACCAGAACUUAAUGUUACGACCUAGAUUUCUCACAACAGAUAAAAUCCAAGGUCAUUCUUUUAUUACUUCAACACCACCACCAUCAUCAUUCUCAUCAAUUCACACGGGUCAUACGACGCAAAUAAAAAAGAAUUUAGCACAAACAAUAUCUGGUAGUUGUAGUAGUAGUAGUAAUAGUUUUACGCCCAUCAGCAUUAAACAUGGAACAGCAGCAACAAUGUUAAAAAAUGAUUAUACCUCUACGACCGAAUUGGAUUCUUUUUCGUCAAAACAACAACAAUUCCAUUUACCCGACAUGCUCGGCCAUGUGAAACAAAAAUCAUUAUCAUUGAAAGAACAGCCACCACCUCUUCCUCCGCCUUCAUCGUCUUCUUCUACAUCAUUUUCAACAAAGACGACCACAGAAUCUAUGUCGAAUAUAAAUGGUAGUAGUAGUAUGAUGAUGGUUGAAUCAUCAUCAUCAUCCAAUUGUCAACUAUCACAAAACAAUCAUCAUAAUACAGAAAAUUCACAUUUGAAUUCGUUGAAUUCAUUGAACGUGAUAACCGGGAAAAACGAAAACUUUAGUAACAGUGAAAGUAACGAAAUUAAUUGCAAAACUUCGAUCAACGCCCGGUACACAGGUAGUGUCAGUCGUAUCGAUCCAAAUAUUACACCUGGCCAAUUGCAACAACAACAGUCAAUUAUUUUACCCCCUAAAAGAAAAUUGCCAUCAAAUCGUGAAACAUAUGAUGAACAAAAAUCAAAUGAAAUUUUGAAUCCAAAUUCAUUAUCUUAUUCCUCGUCAUUCGAUGUUUUACCAUUGAAAGAAAAAACCGAUUCAUUAACGAAAAAUGAUUGUUUUGUCAAUGGAAAUAAUUCAAUUCCAACAAUAUUAUUUGUUAAAUGUGGACAAUGUACGACAAGCAGCAGAACGUUAUCUUUUCCAUCAUCUACAUAA